GCAACAGUCUUUCCCUUUCGGCACGUCGUCAAAAUCUAAGUACAAAAUUCCACUUAUUUCUCAAAAUUUGUUUUUAAGGAUUCCAAAUUUCUAAAGACGUUUUCAAGGCAAAACUAAUUCUGUUGGUGUAGUAAUUUUGUCAAAUUUCUAGUUUUUAAGCUUUUACAAAAGAAUGGACAAAGCGGAGAAUCGCUCUAAACUUGCUGAUAACUUCCUGUACAUGCUGGAGUUCGUGGUGGACGAUCUGCUGAUCACUCGUCCAAACCUCUGUGCUCCGGAGGAGUACCCCACUUGCACGGAGAUCACGUUCCGGUCGAUCUUUCUGAACAUCCGUGAUCGGGAGAAUGGAAGCUGCGUUAGCCCCUGUUCGCCCAAGACCGGAAAGUGCACCAUCUUCACGCUGGAGUCGCCGAUUACGGACGAGGACGUGAUGCACAUUCACGUCUACAAGAAGCGCACCGAGAGCUGCAAGUUUCUGCUCGGACUGACCGAGCUGCCGAUGAAGCCGAUCUUCGACAGGGUCAAGAAGGAGUUCGAUGCGCAGAACAUAAACUGGGAGGAGAACGUCAUAUCCCAUGUGUCGCGUAUGCCCAAGCUGAGGGGUCCCUGCAAGAAAGCCAGUGACUGCAUCUGCUACGAGAAGAACAGGGAGCGGCGGGAGCAGUGGUGUCCCACCUCGGAGCUGACCAAGCGGAUGCUGCCGCUCUUCAACCUGUGCAAGAUGCAGACCGGCAACAUAGUGCUGAUCCUGAGACUGGUGUGCAAUGGGCCCUCCGUGGUAUCCUCCUUCCCCGUCCAGAGUCCCAGGUGCUGUCCUUGCCCGGCCAUUUGGCCUGCUCCCUGUACGGCGCCCUUCGAUCCCUGCGAUCCUUGCAAGUCCGUGAAAUCCAAGCGUACUUGAGCAGGAAAAGCAGGAGCUGCGAGCUCUUAUAUUCCGUCUUCACUUAGUUGCCAUAAGCGUUUUUAUUGUUUGACAAGGGAUGCGCCUAUCAACUGAUAUCAUUGCCAUUUUUUAAAUAUAAAUAAAAUUUUUCACAAUUUUGUAUAUCAA